UCGGCAUUUUUAACUAGCCGCGUAAUUGAAUCGACUUCCUUGUAGUUUCUCCCGUCGUCUGCUAUAAAUUGGCGGGCGGUUUCGUUCGGUUCGUCAGAAUCUUCAGUCUUUAGGGUGGUGCGCGUCUGAUUUGAACAACCACUUGGCGCGGCGUGACGUGUUAAACACCCCACCCCAACUUCCUUGCCGCCGGCGGGGAUCACUCCCGGUCUCUCUACACCGCUUCCACCGAAAGAUGGCGACGGAGGCCGCGCCGGCGAGGCCUGUGGGCCCCACCAGGCUUGUCUACUUCGAUGACAUGUGGGCUCUCCGCUCGGCCGCCACCGUCCUCGCCGUCCAUCAGGAGGGCGGCCGGGUAGCGGUGGUGCUGGACGCCACGGUCUUCUACCCGCAGGGCGGCGGCCAGCCAGCGGACACGGGCGCCAUCACCGGCGCCGGCGCCAAGUUCCUCGUCGAGGAUGUACGGGCGAAGGACGGAGUGGUUUUCCACUAUGGAAGAUUUGAGGGUGCUGGAGAAGGAUGCGGGCAUGGAUUUAAAGAGGGGGGAAGCGUUAGCUUGGAAGUUGAUGCAAAAAGGCGCAGUUUGAAUUCAAGGCUUCAUUCUGCUGGCCAUUUGUUGGACAUCUGUGUGAGCAAUGUAGGCCUCUCUUAUCUGGAGCCUGGGAAAGGCUACCAUUUUCCUGAUGGACCGUUUGUUGAGUAUAAAGGAGUAAUUCCACCAGACCAAAUACAAGAUAAGCAAAAUGAACUGGAAAGAGAAGCCAAAAGGCUAAUUUCGGAAGGAGCCAAGGUCUUAGCCUCUGUUUUUCCUUAUGAGGAGGCAGCCAAACUAUGUGGAGGUUCUCUGCCUAGCUACAUUUCAAAGGAUAGCACUCCUCGCAUUGUAAAAUUUGGUGAAUAUCCUGGCGGUGCUUGUGGUGGUACGCAUGUUGUAGACAUUUCAAUCAUCAAUAGCUUAAAGGUAACAAAUAUAAGAGUCAAGAAAGGCCUCACAAAAGUCUCAUACAGCAUCAGUCCAUGAUCAUUUUCUGCCGGAGUCACACCAUUUAUAGAAGAAAUGGAAGAAAUAUUCAGGAAUCAGAAGGCUGAAUUUACUUUAAUAUCAAUACUCUCUGUGCAGGGGACAAAUAACUCAUUUCUCUGUAGUAUUUUGAUAAGUGCUAGUUCCUCUUGUACCUCAGUAGAGGAUCUUGUAUCUGUGCGACUACGAGUCGGAGCAGCAAUUAUGCUCUUUCUCAGUUUCUCUGAUGUACCUGUAAUCUGCACGACGUACAUGUGAAAUUACAAUAGAUUCAUCACAUUUAUAUAUUCUCCCCAAUGUUUGGUU